GCCCAUGCCCAGCCAGUUCAAGGAUAAGGAUACGGGUUGUCAGUUCCAGCGUGUUUUACCGGAAUAAUACAACGAUACAAUUGAAAUCAUGCUCGGACGUUUGCCUGCGUGCGUCAUUGACGUAGGCACUGGAUACACAAAAUUGGGUUUUGCUGGCAACAAGGAGCCUCAGCUGACCAUACCCUCAGCGAUUGCUAUUAAAGAAACAGCUAAAGUAGGUGAUAAUAAUGCAAGAAGGAUUACGAAGGGCGUCGAGGAUCUGGAUGCUUAUAUCGGAGAUGAAGCUUUUGAAGCCACUGGAUAUUCAGUUAAAUAUCCUGUGAGACAUGGACUGGUAGAAGAUUGGGAUCUGAUGGAGAAGUUUCUGCAACAAUGUAUUUUCAAGUAUCUCCGAUCAGAGCCCGAAGAUCAUUACUUCCUGUUAACGGAACCACCUUUAAACACUCCGGAAAAUCGAGAAUAUACGGCAGAAAUUAUGUUCGAGUCGUUUAAUGUGCCAGGACUUUACAUAGCUGUACAAGCUGUUCUUGCAUUAGCUGCUUCAUGGACUGCCAAAAAUGUGGAGGAUCGUACUUUAACAGGCGUUGUUGUCGAUAGCGGAGAUGGUGUGACUCAUGUGAUUCCAGUAGCGGAAGGUUUUGUUAUAGGGAGUUGCAUAAAACACAUUCCUAUCGCGGGUCGUGAUAUUACUUAUUUUAUACAAAGUCUGCUAAGGGAACGAGAGAUCGGAAUACCACCUGAGCAAUCAUUAGAAACUGCCAAAGCAAUCAAAGAGAAAUAUUGUUACAUAUGUCCAGAUAUAUCGAAGGAAUUUGCCAAAUACGAUAGUGAUCCUACGAAAAUUAAGAAAUACGAAGGUGUCAAUAGUAUCACCAAGCAACCUUUCGUCGUGGACGUCGGAUACGAAAGGUUUCUCGGACCGGAAAUAUUCUUCCAUCCUGAGUUUUCCAAUCCAGACUUCACGACACCGCUUAAUGAAAUUGUCGACGAUGUGAUUCAAAACUGCCCAAUCGAUGUCAGAAGACCAUUGUAUAGUAAUAUCGUGUUAUCGGGAGGAUCCACUAUGUUUAAAGAUUUUGGCAGAAGACUGCAGCGCGACAUUAAAAAGAUUGUUGAUACACGACUCAAGCUCAGUGAAACGCUAAGUGGCAGCCAUAUUACGCCAAAACCGAUAGACGUUCGUGUGAUAUCGCAUCACAAGCAGCGUUGCGCAGUGUGGUACGGUGGUGCACUACUGGCCAGUGAUCCAGAAUUCUACACGGUCUGUCACACGAAGAAAGCUUACCAAGAGUAUGGUCCUGGAAUUUGUCGUUAUAAUCCCGUGUUUCACAGUAUGGUGUAAGGGGUGUAAUAAACGAGAUGAAUACGUCGAUCGAA